AUGCUCCGUCAGGCUGUUCGAGGGACACGAUGGUACUCCGUGGUGCGCAACCAGUCUAUUUCCCAGCGCGCCUUCAGUGCUGUAGCUGUCCGUCAGCUCAAGUAUGGCGGACCGAACGAUAAAGUCACUUUCUUUGAACAGGACUCUCUCGAAAGCAAGACGCGACGAGAAUUUAACCCAGAAGCCGAGGAUGUUGAGGAGAGAGAGGAGAUUGAACAAGAGCUCUCGAAGAUUCAGCAAGAGCUCAAGGUCUUGGAGAAGGGGCCAUUCGAUCCCAAUAGUCCGUUCAUUCAGAGUUUGCCAGAAGAUGACCGAAAGAUUGCCCUAGAGGCUUUGCGAAAAUAUGAUGAAGAGCGAGAAACGGUGGAACCCCAGCUCACACUGGAUGAUGUGUUCGAUGAGGAGAUGGAUGAUAUGAUGCGAGAGGAAUUCGAGGGACUCGCCAUGGAACAAGAGAACUGGCAGGACGGCGCCAACAGGCGGCGGAAGUUGGCUGCGAGAAGAUCGAAAGAAGCCAAUAUACAGAACCCGGAAUCCCAUCCAUAUGCUAUAAGGUUUAAAAAGUCGCUUCGUCAGUUUGCGGAAAAUACCACAGACGAACGAGCUAGACAAGAGGUGUGGAAGUCCUACCGCCGAUGCAAGCAGGCAAAUCCGACUUUUUUGGGAGCGCUACCCCUGGAGGCCGUAGAUUUAUUGUGGGAAUCGCAAGCAACAUCUCAAUCAGGCCGGGCUACACGAUUAAAUCAUUUACGGUCCCUCACUGAAGACGCCGCAUCUGCCGGCAUAUCACUCGCCACUCCAAAAAUUCUUCUAUAUAUCGAGGCCCUACACGAGGGUGGUGCUACAAGUAGUGCACUGGAACAGUGGGAAUCCUACCAGGCCAAGCUUUCUCGGAAAAAGGAAGAUCUCGAAGAGUAUUGGAUGCUGGGCGUCCGACUCUUUGCAACUGAUAACAACCCACAAAGAGCCCAAGAUAUUGCGCUAGCUUUUCUUGCAAACGAUAAAUCUCGCCAAGCCCGGGUGCUCAUUCCAGUUAUCAAGGCAUGGGCGAGGUUACCUGGGAAAGAAGCGGAAGUGAAGGCAUGGGCACUCUACCUCCAGCUGAAGACGCUUUUAAGUUCAAGUAUGACCAUGGAAGAUUACGAUGAGAUCAGUAUUGGUCUUCUCACAGCCGGUCGCCUGGAAACUGCGGUUGCUAUAUUCAAGGAUAUGAUGGUAACAGGACAUGAUCCAGCCAACGACUCCACUGCUCUCUAUAAAGCAGCACUGGGGUUGGCUGGUAACCUUCAUGCAUCUAGCAUUGAUGAAAAGGCUGUCAAUAAAGUCUCUUUGUCGGUACUCACCAUGCUCCCUCGAAAAUUUCAAAAUCGGUUCUUCUACGCCAGUUGGAUGAAAAAACUCAUUGGUAUGGGUGAUGUCGACUCGGCGGCGCUCGGGGUACAGCCAGACAGCAAGCAUAUGAAUGGAGUAGUAGCUGGUUGGCUUCGCGACGGCAGCGCAAUUGCCCGAGACAAAGCAGAGCGACUCGCAUGGUCUAUGAUUCAACAUCGCAUUGAUACUGUCUGGAAACGAUUCCAGCCCACUGAACCAUCACCCAAACUACAGGUUGAACAUGCGGAGAUCGAUCCUAGCCGCAUACCUUUUUUCCUCAAGCGAGAUGUCCCGCCCGCAACUAUCGAGACCUUCUCUAUUCUCCUUCUACAUUAUACCCGCCGCGGAGACGACGACAUGAUCAAAUAUCUCGUCAAGUGUCUGAAUGACGCACACAUUCAGCCAAACUCAUACCUCAUGAACCACCUUCUUUACGCUGACUUGCGCAAACAAGAUAUUCGGUCUCUCUGGACAAAAUUCGAGAGAAUGAGCAGGACAGUUUCACCCGAUUUGGAAACCUACGCCUGUCUUUGGGACUGUGCAAAAGUGCAAUAUGACCGCGGGCGAACUGCCUUUGACGCCGGAUUUCCAUCUGCGCGCCAACUAUUCGCUAGUAUGAUGCAGUGGUACUCUCAACUAUCUCCGCGUGGUCAAAGAGCCGCUCGAGAUCAGUUCUCCAAGGACUUGUAUGACCAGGUCGUGCGUUGCUUCUGCCUGUCAAAGGACGUUUCUGGGACACUUGUCGUGCUACACUCGAUGCAAGCUACGUUUAGUUUUACGCCCGAUGACAACACAGCCCGCCUGAUCGUCCUCCAAGUUGCGCGCCUGGCAGGCGUACCAGUUGAUACACCCAAGCACCGAUUACGACGUUUGUCUUCAACCCCUCGAAGCAAAGAGAACAUCAGCCAAGUAAACCGGUUGGUAGAUGUACUGAGCGAGCGGAAAUCCAUGACCCUCCAAGCGCAGGGCGUGAAUCCAGACCAGCUUGAUCUUGAUGAGAAGCAGCAGUACCAGCUUGAGAUCAUGGCUAGUUUGUUGCGCAUUGUGCUGAGUCGGAGUGAUGGAUUAGAUACAGUACAAGUUGAGCAGAAGUUAUCUCGGACUGCAGCCGAGAUGAAGGCCGAUGAGAUCUAUCUAGGCUCACCUCUGGGUGUUGAGGAUAGCCAGCUGCUGUAA